UGCUUCCCUUCCAUUCCUUCACAAAACCCAUCAUCAUCCAUGGCCAUGGCGACUGCGACUCUCCUCUGCAUGCCGUUCCGCCACCUCCCGCCCUGCAUUCUCCCUCCCCUUCCCACCUCGCUUGCCUCAUCUCCCUCCGCGGCCAGCUAAGCCGCCCGCCGUCUCCGCCUUUUCCCUACUUGAUUUCCGCCGUGUCGGUGGAUCUCCCCUUUGCAUCGAGCUCGCGGCGGUGGCAGCGAAGGCGGUGCCUUCGGGGUAUCAUGGGCCCCGUCAGAGGCUUCAGGAAGAGGAAGAGAGCCGACAAGCGCGCCGUGGAGACGGCGGACGCGUCGAAGGGGAGUGGCGACUGGUGGGACGACUUCUCCUGCAGGAUUACAGGGCACUUGUCUUCCAAAGAACCAAGAAAAUUUGAAUCAAUUUUUAAGAUUUCAAGGAAGACCUUCCACUACAUAUGUUCGAUAGUCAGGGAUGAGUUGAUGGCCAAAACAUCGCGCCUCGUAUUUACAGAUGGCAAACUCUUGUCUAUUGAGGAUCAAGUGGCUGUUGCUCUGCGAAGAUUAGGCUCUGGUGAAUCGCUAUUGAAUAUUGGAGUGUCAUUUGGGUUGAACCAUUCAACUGUUGCUCAGGUUACUUGGCGGUUCGUGGAGGCUAUGGAGGAGAGAGGCAUUCACCACCUACGAUGGCCGACCUCUCAUGAGAUAGAAACUAUCAAAUCCAAGUUUGAGAAACUAAAUGGUCUGCCAAAUUGUUUCGGUGUCAUUGAUAUCACCCAUAUCAUGAUGUGCCUAGCUUCCAUGGACACAGCAAGCAAAACAUGGCUUGAUUACGAGAAGAACCACAGUAUGGUAUUGCAGGCCGUUGUGGACCCAGGGAUGAAGUUCCGAGACAUAGUCACUGGUUGGCCGGGUAGCUUGAGUGAGUUGCCAGUUUUGCGCAGCUCAGGCUUCUACCAAAUGUGCGAGAAAGGUACAAGGUUGAAUGGAGAAAAAGUGAAGCUUCCUGGAUGUUCAGAAGUGCAAGAAUAUGUCGUUGGAGAUGCCGGCUUCCCCCUUCUUCCAUGGCUUCUCACCCCCUAUCAAGGGAAGGAUCUUUCACACACCCAAGUAGAGUUCAAUAGAAGACUUUCUGCAACUGGCAUUGUGGCACAGAGAGCAUUCGCAAGACUGAAAGAUAAGUGGAGGAUCAUUCAUGGGGAGAUGUGGAGGCCGGAUAAACACAAACUGCCGAGAAUAAUCCUUGUUUGCUGCUUGCUGCACAACAUUGUCAUAGACAUGGAAGAUGAAGUGAUAGACGAGAUACCAUUGUCACAUGAACAUGACGUGAGUUACAACCAACGAUUCUGUGACGUAGCAGAUGAUAAUGGAACUGCUUUGCGAGACAAGUUGUGUGAGUAUCUCACUGGUGAAUUGCCACCAUGAACUGACCAUACAACAUGCUUCUUUCUUGUUUGGCAUCAGUAGAUGUUUGUUUGUUUUGUUUGUUUGUUUGUUUGUUUGUGGUGCAUUUGCAUUGAUAGGCUCUUCCAAUAAAUACAUAUGGAAUCACUCAUACUUCAUUCAAUUGUGGAAUUACCUCUAAAAAAUUUGUGACAA